CUCCUCUGCAGGCCUACCGCUCUCUGCAGCAGAGAGGGGUUUCGUGACGUCACUGGCGGCUCCAGCGGCUCGUUGAUUGGAGUGAGAGAGAGAAAAAAAAAUGGAAAGAAGACUGUAAGGACCACAGGACCUCCAGAGUAAAGAGACUAUCUCCUGUGCAGUCAUGUGACUGACCUGGCUCUUUCAUUUUAAGGUGGGAUCUCCCCUUCGCAUGCUGACUAGCCCUGGAUGCCCCAUUCUCGCCAUGAGAGGUCUCACCACCCUGCCCUCAUACUGGCGCUGCCACUGUGCCGCAUGAGCGCCCCCUUCCCCUCCUGCAGUUACUGCACGGAAUGGCCUCUCUGGACCUGCCAUACCGCUGUCCUCGCUGCGGGGAGCACAAGCGCUUCCGAAGCCUUUCAUCCUUACGAGCCCACUUGGAAUACAACCACACAUAUGAAACCCUUUAUGUCCUCUCCAAAUCCAACAGUGUAUGCGACGCUGCUGCUCUGCUGCCCCUAGUGGCCGAGGGAGCUCUCCUCACACCUGCCAACAACAACGACCCUUUCGAACCGCUUCGGCCUUCAGCUCUAAAGGAGCGGCACUUUCCCUGCAGGGAGCUUCCCUGCGCAGACGACCUCAGCCUGACGCCGGCUAACUCCAACUCUGCAGCCAGGUACAUUCCAAAUGUGGAGUUCCCCCUCGGGGAGAUCUUUAUGAAGAAAGCAAUGACAUCCACAGACCCGGGUACCCAUGGAAACCCCAGCACAGCUGUGGCUGUGGCUGCAAAUGUGGCAGCUAGUGCCGUAGAGGCAGCUUAUGAGGAGGGUCUGGCCAGGCUAAAGGCGCGGGCGUUCGAGCGGCUGGAGCUGGACGAGAGGCUCGAGAAGCUAUCAGAGGAGGUGGAGCAGAAAAUAGCGGCCCGUGUAGGCCGUCUUCAAGCAGAGCUGGAGAGGAAGAGCUCUGAGCUGGAGCGGGCCAAGCAGGAGAGCGAGCGGCUGAGCCAGGAGAAACAGGACCUGGAGGACAAGGCCUCCGAGCUGUCUCGGCAGGUGGACGUCUCUGUGGAAAUGCUGGCCAACCUCAAACAGGACCUGGUAAACAAAGAGGCGGAGCUAAACCACAAACAGCAGGAGGUUGCACAGAUUGACCAGUUCCUUCAGGAGACGGCAGCAAGGGAAGCCAACGCCAAGGUGCGUCUGCAGCAGUUCAUCGAGGAGCUUCUGGACCGCGCCGACCGUGCAGAGAAACAGCUGCAGAUCAUCAGCAGCUGCGGCACUACGCCCAACGGCAGCCUGGGACGCUGCAGCCUGCAGGCCUCCAAGGGCACCGGGCGCCAGAGAAAUUCCAGCCUCUCCGGGAGCACAAGGGGAAUGUACCAAGUCUCAGAGAGACACUCCUCUCCCAGCACAGGAGCAUCAGGAAGGAUAAAGACUGUCUCUCAGGGUUCUGGAGGUUAUGGCAGUGAUAGCAUCGAGAUGCAUCCCAUGGAGGAUUGUCCUGAGACGCAGUACUAUCACAUGCAGUGCCAGAUGGGCGAGGGUGGCUACGAGCGCUCCCCUGGAUGUGGACCUAAAAAUUGGGGACUUCGCAAACAGGCUAUUCAAAACUGGCAGCGACGACCAUACAGGAACAGCACUGAAGGCGAGGAGGGGGACGUGUCAGACGUUGGUUCCCGGACUACAGAGUCUGAAGUGGAGAUGUGGGAGCAAGAGAGGAGAGCAGUGGCUGAGGUUCAGCAGUCUGCAGUACCUUAUUCUCACCACAGCAGGGCAGCGUAUCGCCCCAACACAGGUCGGUCUGAAGUGGUCUACAGCAAGCCAUGCCGUCAUGAAAAGAGCCCUUCAAAAUCCAACGAGGUGAUCAGUCCGGAGAUCCUGAAGAUGCGCGCAGCCCUUUUCUGCAUCUUCACCUACCUGGACACGAAAACCCUCCUGAGAACUGCCGAGGUCUGCCGCAACUGGAGGUUUGUGGCUCGUCACCCAGCUGUGUGGACCAGAGUGCUGCUGGAAAAUGCCCGUAUUUCUUCCAAGUUUCUGACCACAUUGUCUCAGUGGUGUACUCAGACGCACUCUCUCAUUCUGCAAAACCUUAAACCAAGGCAGCGCGGCAAGAAGGAAUCCAAGGAGGACUACCUUAAAAGCACACGUGGCUGUCUCGAGGAAGGUUUGGAGGCGUUGUUAAAGGCCACAGGAAGUAACCUGCUGAUACUAAAGAUUUCACACUGUCCCAACCUGCUGACUGAUCGCUCCCUAUGGUUGGCCAGCUGCUACUGCCGCGCCCUCCAGGCCGUAACCUACAGGAGCGCCACAGACCCGGUUGGCCAGGAGGUCAUCUGGGCCCUCGGCGCCGGCUGUAGGGACAUUAUUUCACUGCAGGUGGCGCCACUACAUCCAUGUCAACAACCUGCACGUUUCAGUAACCGAUGUCUGCAGACCAUUGGAAGAUGCUGGCCACAUCUCCGUGCUCUAGGUGUGGGUGGAGCUGGAUGUGGGAUUCAGGGACUGGCCUCACUGGCGAGGAACUGCAUGCGUCUCCAGGUGUUGGAGUUGGACCAUGUCAGCGAAAUCAACCAGGAGGUAGCAGCAGAGGUUUGCAGAGAGGGUCUAAAGGGUCUGGAGAUGCUGGUUCUUUCAUCUACACCAGUCACCCCUAAAGCCUUGCUUCACUUUAACAGUGUUUGCCGCAACCUUAAAUCCAUCGUUGUGCAGAUUGGUAUAGACGACUACUUUGAGGACCCCAACAGCCCAGAAGCCAGAAAGCUGUUUGAUGAAAUGGUGAACAAGCUGCAGGCUCUGAAGAAGAGACCAGGUUUCUCCAAAAUCCUCCAUGUGAAAGCAGACAGCCUCUGCUAACGUCCUUUAUGCAGGUUGCUUAAGGCAGCAACUACAGAUUGAGUUGAUCGGCUGAACACAGGUAGCUUGGGCCCACCUCCUGGGGGUAGAGUGCAUUUGCGGCACAAGAAACAAGAAAGUUUAAAUAGAUGAAUACAGAGCAAGGAUGACAAAGGAUAUUAAAACUAAAUACAAAUCUGAAACCAAACGGCAGCAGACUGGAUAAAAAUGGGCUAAAUGUUGGUGUGCCUCUGAUGAAGAACAACCGGUUUAAACUUAAAGAAAUCCAACAUUAUUUAAACUCGCCUCUCAUGCACAUUCUCUCUAAAUGUGGAGUUUCUCAUCCAGCAAACCCAGGUUUGUAGUGGGGCCUGCAUUUACCCUUCUGCAUUAUGCUUGACACAGACUUGCUUCAAUACCAACUGCAGGCGAAAGAUAUGGAUCAUAUGCACUUUCCACAGACGUAUAUGUUUUCUUCUUACAGCAUUAUAACAGGGGCUUUAUGUUUGGGUGUGAUCUAAAUAAACAAAUGCUUUUCCCAUUCUGCCCCAACCCAAAAAAACUAGCAAAAUCCACAUUUUUAAGCACUUACUGCUUCCUGGCACUGUGAGGGGGGGCCCUGCCCUGUAACACACAUUUAUCGUGGUACCGUCAGAUUUUACCGGCAGUAUUGCCCUCUAGUUCCUUCUUUUAGCAAAUCCACUUCAACCAAUUUGGAUUCAGACUUGUCGAUCUCUGUUGUCACAAAUGGACCUGUUUUCACUGGAGAAUGGGAUGGAGUAUCCUAAGUCGCUGGUGCCAUUUGUUGCGACCUUCAUCUAUAUUCCAGUGAGUGUUUCCCUCUCCGUGGUGUGCCAAAUAGAAAACGAAGAGGAAAGAGGCAAGUGACUACCAAAAGGCCUGAAUUUGCUACAAGCAGAAGUAGCUCAAACUGAAUAUAAAGUGUUGUGUUUGCUAUAAAACAAAUUACCCAGGUGUGUACAGGUGUUGAAGUGUUUGUUUUCAUACUGAACAGUGCCAUUUGCAUCACAGGGGCUAUUCUUUUUAGAUGGGUUCAUUAUCUGACCUGCUUCAACCCUCUUUUAAAGUUUACUUCCACCCAGUGGUGUAGAGAUCUCCUCAACCUGAGGAGAUCUGGGGCUUGUCUUUAGCUUCAGAUUAUGAUCUAAGGGAUCAGGUCUUUAAAUUAGGAAAUGUGUAUUGCAGAAAUAUAAAUGAGAUUAGCAGUACCCUUUGAGGGGAAGACACACUGUUCUGUUCAUUCUCUGGUUCUAGUUCCACUCUGCUUUGGUGGAAACAUAACCCUACUGGUCUGAUGGCUUUGUCUUGAUCUGGAAGUUUCUCGAUAUGUUUACCAGUCCUUAAAAAAGGAUUCAGUUGGGUUUUUUUUUCUUUUGACAGAAUGUAACCCCCUACUUUGGACCAAAAAUGGUUUGUAUUUUGGUGCACAGAGUUUUCAUUCUCUAACUUUAUUGAAGUGCAAUAUUUCAUUAUUCACCUUGACUAAAAAUGCACAAAAUCUGAUAGGACUAUGCUGACAUCAGUCUAAAGGCAGAAUAUGGCAGUCCUUCCUUUUUUUUUGCAGCAUGUUGCUUAGAGGGUUCCUACACAGUCCUCACAAGUAUAGAAUUUGCAGUUGACAGUCUUGAAUUGUAUGGGGAAAAAAGGCUCCAAAUGUGUAAAAAUAUUUGCUUUAUCAUAAUUAAUUUAAAAAAUGUAAAUGAAAGAAGUAUAAAAGAAAAACAUUCAAAAUGACUGUUUCAUUUUCAUGGUCUCUUCAUUCAGGCAUAACUUUUUGAAAGAAGAGAUCAAGCUAGGACUUUUUUAGACUUAAAGGUAUAGUAGAGGAUGUUCUUUUUCCAGGUGGAUAAUCUAAAUAAUUGGUCCCCCUAAAUGUCAAUAAUUCUGAUAUGUUUAUGUAAGACCAUCCUUUGUGCUCAUCCCCAUUUUUACUUACCGGUGGAGUGAAAAUGGGGAGAGUAAACUUGUAUUGUACCCACGGGGAGCAAAAAGCAGUGAUCAUCUAUCCGAACGGUAAAUUCACUGUGCUCGUAUAAAUAUAAAGUCUGCUACAUAUAAAGUCUACAUAUAUAUAAAGUGUACUAUAUAGUCCCCGCUCUAUAUAGUGACUGAGGGAUUUAUGGGUUAAGGUGGAUGUUUGUACACAUUAAGCUUGUAUAAGCGAUGCAAACAGCAACAUGCACUCUCCUAUGCAUUUAAUAGACGUUCCCUCGGGAGCGGGUACAUGGUUGUGCAUGUUCU